GACCAUGGCAGCGCUGCCCGGGACGGUGCCGCGGAUGAUGCGCCCGGCGCCGGGGCAGAACUACCCCCGCACCGGCUUCCCGCUGGAAGUGUCCACCCCGCUGGGCCAGGGCAGGGUGAACCAGCUCGGAGGGGUUUUCAUCAACGGGCGCCCGCUGCCCAACCACAUCCGCCACAAGAUCGUGGAGAUGGCGCACCACGGCAUCCGGCCCUGCGUGAUCUCCCGGCAGCUCCGCGUCUCCCACGGCUGCGUCUCCAAAAUCCUCUGUCGCUACCAGGAGACCGGAUCCAUCCGGCCCGGGGCCAUCGGCGGCAGCAAGCCCAGGCAGGUCGCGACUCCCGACGUGGAGAAGAAAAUCGAGGAAUACAAGCGGGAGAACCCCGGGAUGUUCAGCUGGGAGAUCCGGGACCGGCUGCUCAAGGACGGGCACUGCGACCGCAGCACGGUGCCCUCAGUGAGUUCGAUUAGCCGCGUGCUCCGCAUCAAAUUCGGCAAGAAAGAGGAGGACGAGGACUGCGACAAGAAGGAGGAGGACGGCGACAAGAAGGCCAAGCACAGCAUCGACGGCAUCCUGGGCGACAAAGGGAACCGCCUGGACGAGGGCUCGGACGUGGAGUCGGAGCCGGACCUGCCUCUGAAGCGGAAGCAGCGCCGCAGCCGCACCACGUUCACGGCGGAGCAGCUGGAGGAGCUGGAGAAGGCGUUCGAGAGGACGCACUACCCCGACAUCUACACCCGCGAGGAGCUGGCCCAGCGCACCAAGCUCACCGAGGCCCGCGUGCAGGUGUGGUUCAGCAACCGGAGGGCGCGCUGGCGCAAGCAGGCCGGUGCCAACCAGCUGGCAGCCUUCAACCACCUCCUGCCAGGGGGCUUCCCUCCCGCGGGCAUGCCAGCCCUGCCCCCGUACCAGCUGCCAGACUCCUCCUACCCCAGCACCACCAUCUCCCAAGACGGCAGCAGCACCGUGCACCGGCCGCAGCCGCUGCCGCCCUCCACCAUGCACCAGGGCGGCCUCGCCGCCGCCGCCGACUCCGGCUCUGCCUACGGCGCCCGGCACAGCUUCUCCAGCUACUCCGAGAGCUUCAUGAACGCCGCAGCCCCCGCCAACCACAUGAACCCCGUCAGCAACGGCCUCUCCCCUCAGAAGCAGGGUGCCCAAAACAAGAUGCAGUGCUCCCGCUGGAACCUCACCAUAGCCCUGAACAAUCAGGUGAUGAGCAUCCUGAGCAACCCCAGCGGGGUCCCUCCUCAGCCCCAGGCUGAUUUCUCCAUCUCUCCCCUCCACGGCGGCCUGGACAGCACCAACUCCAUCUCGGCCAGCUGCAGCCAGCGCAGCGACUCCAUCAAGUCCGUGGAGAGCCUCCCGACCUCGCAGUCCUACUGUCCCCCCACCUACAGCACCACCAGCUACAGCGUGGACCCCGUGGCCGGCUACCAGUACGGCCAGUAUGGCCAGACCGCCGUGGAUUACCUGGCCAAGAACGUCAGCCUGUCCACGCAGCGCCGCAUGAAGCUGGGCGAGCACUCGGCCGUGCUGGGGCUGCUGCCAGUGGAGACGGGCCAGGCCUACUGA